GCGAAAUGAUAUGUGUCAAACUGACACAACUAAAGGCCAUUAAGCAAAGAACCUAUGCAAAGAACUGAUCGACUUAGUCAAGUAUUUCAACUUAUAAGAACCAAUCAAAAACGUCAUGUGACUUAGGAAAUUCGUAUUUGCAAUGAAAUAAUUAAAAUAUUGGUACAUCUAAUAAAAGUUAUUUAAUCUACCUUAACUGUAUGCGUUAUGUACAAACUGAUACUUCUGUAUUCAUAAAUUUAAUUUACCAUGAAUAGUGAAGAAAAAGCUGUUGACAUGGAAAUGAUUUGUGAUUUAUUGGAUAAACUCGUUCUGCAACAGUUGCAUCUCAUAGAGGAUAAAAUGUGCUGUGAACUUAAUAUUGAAACUGGUAUCAAUAAUGGGUGCAUUCAUUUAGCUAAAUCUAGAUACAUAAUGGGUCAGAAUUCAGUUAGUAAGGAAAGACUUCCAACAGAGAGCAGUCCAGAAUUUUCAGCUUCUGUAACCUGUGAUUCUAUUUUAGAAGAUAAUGUAAAACAACUGAAAAUCUCCAAUGCAGAUACUGGUUCCUGUGUUGUAAAUCCAUUAAAUUGGUUUGGUGUCCUGGUCCCACAAAAUUUACACAAGUCUAAGGAUAUUUUUAAAAAUACUGUAAAUUAUGUUGUUGAAUGUGUUAAUAUUCAGUUAAAAAUACUUGAAAACAUCAGUAAUAUUGAAGCAUUGAAGAAAUACAAGAGUACUAUUUCAAAUAGGUCUACAUAAAAAUAAAAUAUUGUACUUUUUCUUCUUAAUUCCUUUAUUUGAACAGUGACAAAACUGCUAUUUAUAUUUCAGUAACAUGUAAAUGGUAACAUUGUAUAAGCAAGAUGUUUGCGUAAUUAAUUUAAUGAUACAAAAUUAAUCAAUGUACAAAUACUGUUUCAGAAGUAAAAAAAUAUUUUUAUUUUGAA